AUGGAUCCAAAGACAAAGCAGGCUUCAUCUGACGAGUGGAAUGUAGAGGCCGGAUUGCUUCUCUCCUCUCAGCUGCUGCUCGAAUACAAUGCAUACUAUUUCUAUUCAGCAUGUGCAGCCCACUUCAGCAGGUCUGACGUCUGCCUUAAGGGACUGGCCAGCUUCUUCAGGAAGAAAAGCCUUGAUGAGAAUGCCCAGGCCCAAAAGAUUAUUGGCUUCAUGAAUAUGAGAGAGUUAGAUAUUGAGUUCAGAGCCAUCGAGGCGCCAGAUAUCAAGAAGUACGGAAAGACGAGCGGCGUUCUCAAGGCUUGCAAGGAAUUCGAGCAAACUGUGCUCAGUAACAUAUCGACCAUUUCUGAAAUAGCCAGAAAAGCUGGAGACGGGGCCAUCGUCCAGUUCCUCGAGGACUUCAUCGCCGAGCAGGUGAGGUCUAUUUCGGAGCUUAGUGAUCUAUGCGCCAACUGUGCAAGGUGUGGGGACGGUGGCGUGGGGCUAUUCCUCUUUGACCAAUCACUGAUAAGCCAACAUUAA